UGUUGGUUUUGUUGAAUCGAAUGUGCUCAGACAAAGAGGUGGUGCUUGAAAACAUUGUUAUUUUGCGUAUUUUGCUUCUUCCUCGUGUUAAAAACCGCUGUUCAUACAAAUGGGUCGCAAAAUUAAUUUCGCGGAAGUACCGAAAAGGGGUCCUGGCAGAAAGGCUAAAAAACAAAAAGACCCUACUUUCGAUAAGAAACUGUUCAAAGAUGGAGAAGAUCCCGAGGAUUCCAAAAAAUUAUCCCACCGCCAGAAGCUCCGAGCUAAGAAACGAGAGCUACAAAAGAUUAAAAAGCAUGAAUUAAAAGCAAAGAACAAGGAAGUUAAGAUAAAAAUCAAACCAGUAACAAAAACUAAGUCUAAGUACACCAGCGAUGACGAUGAAUCGGAGGAAGAAAAUAAGGUUCAGAACCAAUUACCGGUUCAGAUGAAUUUGCAAAAAAGUAAGGAGAAAUAUGCAAAGGUAAUCGGCAAAAUCCAAAGACCGGUGACACCGGCCAGAAAUGAUGUUGCAGAAUCUGGAUCAGAUGAAGAAGAGCUUUCCGACGAAGAACCUGCAAAUGAGCAAGAUAAUAAACGCGGCAGAGAUAUAUUGGCCAGCGAUGACGAUUCCGAUGAUGAGCAUGAACCACACACUAAAGUCGGUAAAUUGAAAGAUUUUAUGGAUUCUGAAGAGGACGAAGAUGACUCGGAAGAAAGCGAGGAAAUUGAGGACGAUGAUGAUGAUGAUGACGAAACAAUGCUACCGAUUGAAAAAGCUGGAAAAAAGUUGAAGAAAAAAAUGGAAGAGGAAAAACGUUUAGCUGACGAGGAAAUGCAGGAUUCUGUAGCAAACAAGGAGAAAUUUCAAUUUCCAGAGGAUAAUCAAAACGCUGCUGUAAAUCUGCAGGAUAUCCACAUGCGAAUAAAAGAAGUUAUUGGAGUACUGGCUGAUUUUUCAGUAAAUCGCGAUCCCAAUCGCUCCAGAUCGGAAUACAUGGAAUUAUUGUUCAAAGAUUUAUGCGUUUACUAUUCGUAUAAUGAAUUUUUCAUGCAGCUUCUUAUGAAGCUGUUCUCGCCCAAUGAACUGUUGGAGUUUUUGGAAUCAUCUGAAGUCCAACGACCAUUGACGAUUCGAUCUAAUAGUUUAAAAACUCGUCGCCGCGAUUUGGCUCAAUCACUUAUCAAUAGGGGGGUCAAUCUAGAUCCUAUUGGAAAGUGGUCAAAGGAAGGCUUAGUAGUUUACACGUCACAGGUUCCAUUGGGAGCUACGCCGGAGUAUCUUGCCGGACACUACAUGAUUCAAGGCGCAUCAAGUAUGCUGCCAGUGAUUGCUCUAGGACCAGAAGAAAACGAAAGAAUUUUGGAUCUAUGUGCAGCUCCGGGAGGAAAAAGUUCCCACGUCGCUGCACUUAUGAAGAACACGGGUGUUCUGUUUGCAAAUGACGUUAACAAGGAUCGCCUUCAAGCAGUUGUUGGCAAUUUUCAUCGAUUGGGAAUCCAGAACGCAAUCGUGACGAGCAUUGACGGUACCAAAUACCGAGACGUUAUGACUGGGUUCGAUCGAGUUCUACUAGACGCACCUUGUACUGGAUCCGGAGUUAUUUCAAAGGAUCCGAGUGUAAAGACUACUAAAUCUGAAGUCGAUAUACAGCGUUGUUAUAAUCUACAACGCAAAUUGUUGCUAACGGCUAUCGAUUGUUUGAGUGCAAAUUCUGAAACUGGUGGGUACUUGGUAUAUUCAACAUGCUCCAUUCUUCCACAAGAAAACGAAUGGGUCGUAGAUUAUGCUAUUCGGAAACGAAAUGUUCGCCUUGUUUCUACCGGAUUGGACUUUGGUAAUGAGGGAUUUGUUAACUUCGCCGGCCAGAAAUAUCACCCUUCGAUGAAAUUAACCCGUCGUUUUUAUCCCCACACGUACAACAUGGACGGAUUUUUUGUAGCCAAGUUGCAGAAAUUUUCAGAUGCCAUUCCAAACACCAAGAAGGAAGAUUCAGAUGAAGAAAUAGACGCGGAUGAACAAGAACAAGUACAAGAACUUCCAAAAAAGAUCGAUAAACGCGAUUGGUACUACAAGGAUAUAAUCGACAAGCGAAAGAAACAGCGUGAGGAUUCUAGCCACGUAGUGAAAGUAUUCGAGAAACCUUCAAAAACUAAAAAGCCAAACAAAAGCCCAGUAAAUGGCACUUCAACGGCUGCAACGGAAUCUAUCAGCACACCAACUUCGGACAGUGGAUUGAAAAUAUCUAACAAGAAAGCAAAGUUAUCCGAAAAGAAAAUCAAGAAAAAGCGUCUCUCAAUGCAAGAGUCAAUUGUGUCUAAUGACGGAGAAAUUCAGCAGACGCCGAAACUGAAGAAACGUUUAUCACUUCCUGGGUCUUUUGUGCGUAGAAGUAAGAAGUAACUUAGAAAACAUACAUCCAGGGUUACUUCCAUUCUUUUCGGAUAAAAAGAUGUUUUAUGAGACUUUGGAGUCAUUAGAUGUUGUAUUUAUAAAUAACAAGAAGAGGCUGUAAAGUUUUCGUUUGACCCAUACAACCUGCCGCUUUAUGAGACUCAAUAAGUGAUUUUUCACCCAUUCUUAGCGAACAGCAGUCCGAAAAUCGCUGAUAGUCACUCUUUGAAAGUAAAAUUGGCAGGCUUAUGUGUACAACACGUUCCUUACAACAUUUUAUUGUAACUUACUAAUAGAAACGAUCAUUAUAACAUCUUAUAAUUCCACAAUACUAUAAAACAUGUUUUUAUGCGAAAUUAAUGGAAGUAGCCCUGCAUACAUUUCGUUGCAACAUAUUAAUUAA